AUGAGUAGUGUUAUGCCUGUUAUCAUUAUCUAUAUUUUUAUUGAAUUUAUCGACUCCCUUUCAAUAAUUAAUUACAUGAUUGUCAUUUCAUUUCCUUAUGUUAUAGAUAUGGCGGUUAAAAUGACCUCACCAUUGUACUUAAAACAAUUUUCCGUGCAAUUCACAUCUCCAUUGCGAUCUAUUUCAACAACGUUGCCAAUAAUUGGGCCUUUUGUUACUACUAGCUUUCUUUCAAAUCCAGGGAGUCACUGGUGUAUGUUCCAGACACGUCGUCUAUACCGCAGAAGUGAAGAGGUGAAAAAGUAUUUCACAGAAACUGGAGAUUACAACCCUCCUAAUCAGGAUGUCAUUGACAGGUUCAAGCGCUUGCGUUGGGGUGCAUAUAUUCAUGCACGAGCUGGGCGUGAUAAACAUCUAUAUCGACGAAGUGCAGCUGAGGUAUCUCGACGUUCUGAACACAUUCUCACAAGUCGUGCAACUUCAUUCUUAUUAGAUAAUAUGCUCAACAAGCAAUGGCAGAAACCAAAAUAUUAUCCAAAUGAUAUAUAUGAACCAUAUCAUAAGCGAACUGGAGUCCCGUGGGAUUAUGGUUUGAGGAAACCGAAAUUCUUUCCUUGACUAUCAAG